AUGGCUCCCACAGAACCCAGCAAUGUGGAGUUUCCUUACUCGCUCACAAUCUCCCUCCCCCUCCCUACCAAUCGCCUAGCUUCAUGCGCUCUCCGCACGUUGGAAGUUGACGCCGAGCUAUCGCCCUUUGUGCGACGGACUUUUACCCUCGAGGCUCCGGCCGCUGAAGGCCGCUCUGAACCCCAAGAAAAGAAACAGAAGCAAGAUCCCGAGGAGUCCCAAACCGUGCUGAAAACAACCUACUAUGCAACCACCAACCGCAUGCUGCGCGUUUCUGUCAAUGGAUUCAUGGAGAGUCUGGGUGUCGUGCUUGGAGUGAUGACUGAAUUAGACGUCGACGUGCUCAAGGCUGAGAUGGAGGGUUGA